UCAAAGCUCCCAAACGAACUUGUUUCUAAAGUUUGUAAUGGAAACUGAUGAUCGUGAUCCAUUCUAAAAUCAUCUUUCUCUGCCCACUUUUCUUGAUUAGUUCGCAUUUGGAGUCAUCAGUAGAGUACUGAUCUUCAAUUACCAUUUACGCGUCCUACACAACCUGCUUAAUAUAUGAUGCUCUGAGAGUCUAACUGCUACAGUCUCAUAAAUGUUAGAGCUUUUAUUUGUAAAAUUUUUACUAAUCAUAUAACAAAAUGAUUAAUACAAUCUUGCACUUCAUGAUGAAAGUAGUUAGUUCGUAGGAACAACUGACAUCUCCUAAAAAGCUAGCAAGCUAGCAAGCUGGUUUAAAAUGGAAAAAAACACUAUCCAACGUUAUAAUCUCAAUGCCUUUCAGAUACGUCUACGUUCAAUACCUUACGUUGAGAAAAUCAGCUUUUUUUAUGGAUUCUCUGACUAAGGGGAUGGCUGUGUUUGCUUUACACCUAUUCAAAAUCAAAAAAGCUUAAACAAAAACUUUGGUUUUAUCUCGAUUUCUGUUUGUUUACAAACAUUGGAUUUGAGUUCUCCAAUGUUUGUUUAUUGCCAUCUUUCCAAAUAUACAUAUAAAAGAAAUUCCAAGACUUAUUAUUUAAAAUAUACAGUUGAGAAAAAACGAACCUGAGAGUCGAAGAAGGAAUUAGAAUGGUUGACUUACAAGACCCAAGAGCAUUACGGGAACUUCAAGUGAAUGCAAUACCCUUUAGCGAUCCCUGGAAAGAUGAUGCCAUCAAUUUAUCAAAAAAGCUGAGAAAUGAAUCCGAUGCGAGAUGCGGCCGUGACAUUGAGCCUCAUGAACGGAGGAAUCCUUUGGAUCUUGAUAUCUGGGUAGCAUAUAACUAUCUUUGUAACGUCUAUGAAGCUAAAGCAUGGAUUGAAAAAGAAAUGGAAGUGGUUUAUCCCUGUAUAGAUGACUUUAUUACUUCUCUUGCAGAUGGAAAGGUGCUUUACGAUUUAUCGAUGAAGUUCUAUCCUAAGCUGGCAAACAACUGGAAACCUCGAUGCCGCUCUGCUAAUCGAAAAGUAAUGUACAUGGGUGUUUUCUUUGAGUUCUUGGACUUUGUUGGAAUGUUUAGUGCUUUUCGCUUUGAAUUAAAGCAUCUAAUUGAAUAUUCUAAUAUACCGCGCGUUAUUUAUUCCUUACAUGCGCUUUCUUAUCUCUUGAGCUUUCUGCAAGUGACUGAGCAUGUUCCUCAUUUAUUUGGUAAAAUACACCUAAAACGUAGUGAGGUAGAACUAACGAAUCACCAAAUCUUACCCUUGAGGAAUUCCAAAAAGUUUCCUAAUUUUACCAAACUGAAAAAACAUUUUUAUGGUCGGCUCCAUCGGAACAAGCAAAGCACUAGUCAAUUCAACGAGCGCAUUCUGGCUUCGAAAAAGUUACCUUCUUGGAUCAACCCUUUGCAAGCCAUUUGCAGAGGAUAUCUGUUGAGAAAUACUAUAAACACGCGUGAUAUUAUGAGAGAAAAGUCCCAACAGAAUAUUGUUAAGCUUCCGUUACUGGAAAAGUUACUGAUAUCACCGAACGCAGAUGAGAGAUUGACAAUGGUUAAAGAAAGCCAGCAGCUGUACCGAAUUAUGGUUUGCUUACAUUCGCAAAUGUUUCACCUUCCUUCCCCAGAGCUUUCUCUAGAUUUGAGUGGACUCGCUCUUCUGGGCUCUUCCGUUGAAACUUAUUAUCAGCUUAUUCCGCCAAUUCUGAACAACGUAGUUUUUUAUCUUCAAGAAAAUCCUUCCUUGUGGCUAUCAGUGUUGAAAAGACUCUUAGCUUUAGGUGUUGACAGGGUGGACAUAUCCAAUUAUGGAUUACUUGUGUUGAAGUUUUUCGGGUUUUCUGUUACCAAUCGAGACCGAAAACUUUUAAAUGAAUUUAUGCUUAAAGGUCUCAUAACAUCCUUAAGCAAUAUAAAAUCAUCAGAAAACAAUGAUCGCAAUUACGGGAUAUCUCCUAUAUUUUUAUGGAUUUCCAAAAUAUUUUCAAGCAGUUUGUUCUUGGAUUUGGAUUCUUUCUUUGAUAAGCGAGCUUCUUUUGUACUGGAUAGCUUUUAUGAAUCACAAAGCAGUGUUGGAUCACUUGAAAUUACUGCAAUGCAUACUGUUAGUGAAGUUAUUUACAGCUUUUAUUUGCAUAACAAAGAACUGCCAAAAGAAUUCUUUUAUUUUUUCAAUUCACUAUAUUAUUCCGAAGCGGGUCAAAAAAAUCCUCGUUCCUUAAAAAGCUCUAUGUUAUGGUUUUUUAUUGAUCAAGUUAUAAGCUGUGUCCACCGGCAUCAUUCUCGAAAAUACUAUAAAAAGCAUUCAGAAAAGUUUUCGUUCAUGAAACAUUAUUUACGAUCGCUUUUUGAAGGAGUUUCUAAUUUAGCAACUAGUGAAAUCCAAUGGCACACGCGAAGUUAUCGAAUUGUUGAAGCGUUAAUAAGAAAAUUAAUACAUGCUCCAAUCAAGCGCCCAGACAUCGAGCUUGCGGGAAGAUCUUUGAGCUGCACACACAAAGAUAUAUUUAGUCUUCACUCGGUAUUGAAAGUCUGUAAUGACAAUGGUGAUUUUGAUGAUUACCCUUCGUUUAAGCGCCUUAUCACCAAACUUGGUUCUCCGAAGUUAUGCAGAAAAUAUGAAGGUCAAGUCCUGUUUCUAGACACAAGACGGGAGUAUAUGCAUUCUAGCAUACCUUGCUCGCAGGCAGCCAAAUAUCAACUGUCACUUAGUUUAUGUUUACCUUUAGUAGAAGGUCAUUUGCGCUGUUCUUUAAAAGAAACAUUAUGGGGAUCACCCACCUCAUCAGAAAACCAAAAGUUCAAAGGACUUUUACAUCUUGAUCAGAGGAUUAGGGACCUUCAUCCUUCUUCUUUGACAGGUAUCACUGAAUCCUUUUCUAACUCUUCACAACCUAUACAACAAUGGCAAUCACGGCUUAGAAAGUUGUUGAAAAACUUAACCAAGAUUGAUGAUGAUUUGGAAAGUAUUCAAUUUCUUAUACGACAUGGAUGCACGGACCAAGCUUGUGUAAAGGACAUUAAAGAAGCUUACAGAAAAGUGGCCCCCUUAGCUAAAACUUUAAAGCAAACUGGAAUUGAAAACAAUGAAUUUUUAAAUUUUCUUUCAAACAUAGGACAUGGCUCUAAAAAGUCGAAGGACUUCAAUUAUAAGCAUCCAUUGCUUGACAAAUCCAUGGGUGAAUUGCUACAGAUGGAGAUCGUUUACAGUUGCCCAUCAGAGCUUGUGAAUCACACUUUGAAAAUCUUCGUUAACAAAAACCGAACUGCACUUCAUUUUUUCCUUUUAAAUAAGAAGAAUCUGAUCGAUGAGUCCGUGAUUUUGGUAAAUGAUUUGAUACAAGCUGCGAACAUAGGAAUCUACUUCAUUGAUGUACUUAAUCUCCCCUUCCAUACUAAACAAUUGCAGGUUUGGUUAACUCCGGUUUCCUCGUAUCAUAGUGAAGAAAACUAUGCUGAAAUGAAAAAACAGAAAAGAAAGAAGGUCACUGGGUUUGAACAUGCAAAGAAACAUAAACUUGCAAAAUGAGCAUUGUCUUUCCCUUAAAAUAAAUAUUGAUUCAAAUUUAACUCAACUUUAGGUGAAAUAACUUUAUUACAAAGGCAGAAAGGAG